UUCCACGCUUUUCGUACCGGCAUUUAGAUUUGAGAACCAUUCAGUAAACAAUAACAACAUGAAAUGUUCAUUUGAUUUAAUUUGUGUGUCUCUAUUUAUCGGAUAUUUUUCUAUAGUAUUUUCUGCUAAAGAAGAAGACCAGGGACCGGUGAUACCACCUUCAAAAUGUGAAGUUUGCAAAUUCCUGGCCACAGAGUUAAAAGAAAGAUUAGAUGAGACAGGAAAGAGUAAGGAGGUUCUUGAACUCGGACAUGGUCUAGAUACAAAAAGGAAGAAAAUCAAAUACAAUACCGCGGAGUUGCGGUUGAUAGAAGCCUUACAAGACCCCCAUAUCUGUGAGAAAAUUCUUGACUACAACAUUCACAAAGAGAGAGAUGGGAGCAACCGGUUUGCCAAGGGCCAGAGUGAAACUUUCGAGACACUACAUAAUUUAGUGGAUAAAGGGGUGAAGGUGGAUUUAGGGAUCCCGUAUGAACUCUGGGACACGCCCUCAGCAGAGGUCACACAGCUCCAGAGAGAAUGUUUCAACGUGGUAGAGCGCUACGAGGAGGCGAUUGAAGACUGGUACUACAAAUAUCAGGACCAGGACAUCAUGGACUAUCUAUGUAGAAAACAUGUCCUUAAACCUGAUGACCAGGAUUGCCUGGAUGAGACAUGGAAGCCUAAAGGAGAUAGAGGAGACAAGAGUGCUGAUAAGCCCAACAAAGAAAAAUCCAAGAAAAAGAAAGAUAAAAAAAAACUAAAAGGCGAUUCGGGAAAUCGGGAUGAAUUGUGACAACUGAGAUGGUAGCCCUGAGCAUCAUGAAUCCCUAAAGCAGCUUCAUCCAAACUCGACUUGCCAAAGUGCCAUUUUCAAAAUAUUGUAGCAUUCAAUUCAUCUAGUUAUUUUUAAAUCACGAGCUUUGUUGUUGUUGUUUUUUCAAUCAUAAAGAUCCAAUUGUUAGUUCUGUUAGUUCUAUUUGUUUUAUUUGCUAGGUUGUCUCCAUUAUUUCCUGAUUUAUCGGGCAAUUGUGUUCACAAAUUCAUUAUCCUUUAAGUAAAACUACAAAUGAAUGUCUUUUUUAAUACUAAUAAGUCCCCGCUAUUCUUAUUCAUGAAUCACAUAUUGUUUAUAAAAAUCAAAUUGUUGUGUUUAACUUCAUCCAUGCUGGUAACUGUGUGUGUUUAACUUCAUCCAUGCUGGUAACUGUGUGUGUUUAACUUCAUCCAUGCUGGUAACUGUGUGUGUUUAACUUCAUCUAUGCUGGUAACUGUGUGUGUUUAACUUCAUCCAUGCUGGUAACUGUGUGUGUUUAACUUCAUCCAUGCCGGUAACUGUGUGUCUUUAACUUCAUAUAUGCUGGUAACUGUGUGUGUUUAACUUCAUCCAUGCUGGUAACUGUGUGUGUUUAACUUCAUCCAUGCUGGUGACUGUGUGUGUUUAACGUCAUCCAUGCUGGUGACUGUGUGUGUUUAAAUUCACCCAUGCUGGUAACUGUGUGUGUUUAACUUCACCCAUGCUGGUGACUGUGUGUGUUUAAAUUCAUCCAUGCUGGUGACUGUUUGUGUUUAAAUUCAUCCAUGCUGGUAACUGUGUGUGUUUACCUUCAUCCAUUCUGGUAACUGUGUGUGUUUAACUUCAUCCAUGCUGGUGACUGUGUGUGUUUAACUUCAUCCAUGCUGGUAACUGUGUGUGUUUAACUUCACCCAUGCUGGUAACUGUGUGUGUUUAACUUCAUCCAUGCUGGUAACUGUGUGUGUUUAACUUCAUCCAUGCUGGUAACUGUGUGUGUUUACCUUCAUCCAUGCUGGUAACUGUGUGUGUUUAACUUCAUCCAUGCUGGUAACUGUGUGUGUUUAACUUCAUCCAUGCUGGUGACUGUGUGUGUUUAACUUCAUCCAUGCUGGUAACUGUGUGUGUUUAACUUCAUCCAUGCUGGUAACUGUGUGUGUUUAACUUCAUCCAUGCUGGUAACUGUGUUUGUUUCUGUUGUAGUUUAUUAACAGCUGAUUUUAAAUAUAUCUCAACAUAUUGAUAUUGCUGAUGACUUGUUUAGUAAACAACAUGUAGAUAUUAAUCAUGUCUUUGAAUCAAUAGUUUGUGUUAAUAAAGAGUAUGUUUUUUAGUACUUAUUAAAGGUUUCAAAAA